AGUGGCACGGACAGGUAGGAGGCGAGAGCAACGGGCGACGGCAUCUCCCUCGAUCUGCAAGAGCAAGACUCCAAGGUAGGUAGGUAGGCGGCCAUGGCCAUGGGCUAUGGCCUAUGGGUAGCCUAGCAUUGAACGAAGAAGAUGAAGCGGUGCCAACUGCGAAUGCGGCAUGGGGUACAGGCAUCACGUGGCAGGAGGCAGUUGCCAACCAUGCCUCCGAUCUGUUGCCGUCGUCGAUGCCUUGGACACAGGACUGCCGGCAGGGCAGGGCAACUGCCUUUGGGGGGCUCCCGUGCUCAAGCUUCAACAUCGUACGUACGAGCCACCGGCAAACGGCAGCAGCUGCUGCCCUGCAUCGUCUCCUUGCCCAAGAUGGAUGCUCCUGUGUAUCAUGGACUAUGCUAGUAUGCCCGUUCCGUUGCCCGUGCACCAUUCCAUUCCGUGACUGCUCCCUACCGGUCCUCAUUAAUGCCGGCGGUGUGGGCCCCCACCCACAUCCAUCCACGAACCAACCAAAGGAGAUGCAUCCAUCCACGAACCAACAAGGCUGCCUCCUGCUUGUGCCUGCAGUUGCAGAGGAGGGAGAGGAGAGGACGGAGCUCACGCGCGACCAACAAUGGGGAUCUGCUGCAGCAAGGCCAAGGCGGACCUAGACGACGACGUGUUCCACCACCACCUCUGGACCGCCGCCGCCGCCUCCAUGCACACCAAGCAAGGCUGGAAGGGUGCCAACCAGGACGCCAUGGCCGUCUGCCAGGACUUUGCUGGCCACAAAGGCCACAUCUUCUGCGGGGUAUUUGAUGGGCAUGGCCCUCUUGGCCGAGAAGUUGCUCGCCAUGUCCGUGACACCCUUCCCAUGAAACUAUCCUCUGCUUUGAAGCCCAAAACUGAAGAACAAGAAGAUCCCUCAACCGAUACUUUGAAGCUCGCAACUGAACAAGACCCUUCAAGCAAUACAGAUUUGGAUUCCUCUGACAAGUCAGACUCCACCACAUCCAGUGAUGAUACAAGCGAUGAGAAGCACCUGUUGUCUAGUUGGAAAAGCAUAUUUGUCAAGACAUUUGAGCAGGUGGAUGAGGAGCUCAAGCAACAUUCAGGAAUUGACUGCAUUUGUAGUGGCACAACAGCAGUCACUGUUGUUAGGCAGGGUGAUCACUUGUUCAUCGCCAAUUUGGGUGACUCACGAGCUGUUCUUUGCACCCGGGACAGCAAGGACCGGCUGAUCCCAGUCCAACUGACCACUGACUUGAAGCCAGAUCUUCCAAGUGAACUCGCAAGGAUUCUGAACUGCAAGGGACGAGUUUUCGCCAUGGAUGACGAACCAGACGUGCCUAGGAUGUGGUUGCCGGACCAGGAUGCUCCAGGUCUCGCCAUGGCAAGGGCCUUCGGGGACUUCUGCCUGAAGAGCCAUGGCCUUAUCUGCACACCUGAAGUCUACUACAGGAAGUUAUCUGAAAAGGACGAGUUCUUGGUGCUUGCAACUGAUGGGAUUUGGGACGUGCUGUCGAACAAGGAGGUGGUGAAGAUCGUCUCAUCGGUCACCGACCCAUCCAAGGCGGCGAGACAGCUGAUCGACCGUGCGGUCCGAGCGUGGCGGUGCAAGUACCCGACGUCCAUGGUGGACGACUGCGCCGUCGUGUGCCUCUUCUUGAACCGGCCGGCAUCUCCUGACGAGGAGAGCUUCACAGGCUCAGGAGACGUGAAGCCGCCUCGUGAACAGGCGGGCGUGUCGUUCACGGGGAGCUUCCGCAGGGUUGUGAGCAGCAGAAGCGGCGGCGAGGCGUCGGAGGAAGGGACGACGGUGUGGAGAGCCCUGGAGGGGGUGGCGCGGGCCAACUCGGUGAUGAGGCUGCCGCGGAUCGGGCGCGUGCUGAGCUGGCGGAGGCGGUCGAAUUCGCUGGAUGAAGACGAAGACGACAGGGAUUGAUGGUGAUUGAAUGAAUCGGGACAGGUCGUUUUCAUGGUGGAUACGCGCGAACUCCGUCGUGCAUGGCUGCAAGCAAGUUCUUAAUGGCCAGCAAGGCAGAAAUUGUUUUAGGAUUGGAUUGACAUAAUGCAUCUAACUCAUUCAGCUCGGUUGUGAAAUCAUCAUGUGUUACCAGUGCAGGCAUGAUUGGCAGUUUCCAGUUUGUAAUGGCUGUAACUUGAAUCUGUUCCUGAGAUGCAGCGUAUAUGAACAUGAUCGACCUUCUAAAUUUAAAUUUGAAACAGAGUUGUACU